UAUAAAGUUUAAAACUUGAAGAGAACAUGUGUUCCCAGUGUUUAGCAUAUCCCAACUGAGCACAUCACCAGUUGAAACCUGAAUACAGUAAUUGAAGUACUAUUCCAAUAUAGAGAUAGUCAACGUGUAUCUGUUGGCAACACUGCCCAAAGUUUUUUUUUUUUUUCCCAAACAGUUUUUAUGAUGGUGCCUUUGAACGCAGAGUGAAACGCUUGUGUCUGAAGCAAUGUGUUAAUGAUUACUAAGACAAGCUGACAAUAGCUGUUAAAAAGUACUUCAAAGAAAGAAGUGGGGGAUAUAUUAUUUGUGAAAAGCAGGGCUGCUCAUUACAUUUAGACCAAGUUCUCUGAUGUGCAAUGGGCAGGAUUGUCUCAAUGAGGACAGCACAAGUUUCACAGCAAGAACUAUUCAUAGAAAUAAAGAAGAGAGAAUGCUGAGGAGUGUGGGCAGAGGGCUGUGGAACUAUCGCAGCCUUAUCUUCAUCAUCCUCACGCCACUGCUGCUGCUUCCUCUUCCACUGGUCAUCAGAACAAAGGUAGCAGAAUGUGCCUUUGUGUUGCUACUCAUGGCUGUGUUCUGGGUGACAGAGGUGAUUCCUUUGUCUAUGACCGCCAUGCUCCCUGCCCUCCUCUUCCCCAUGUUCGGCAUUAUGAAGUCAUCCAAUGUGGCAAAAGAGUACUUCAAAGAUUUCCACUUCUUGUUAGUGGGGGUCAUCUGCCUGGCUACAUCCAUUGAGAAGUGGGGUCUUCACCGGAGAAUAGCCUUGAGACUUGUCUCCAUGGUGGGAGUCAACCCUGCAUGGCUGAUGUUGGGCUUCAUGUCUGGCUGUGCCUUCCUUUCCAUGUGGGUUCAAAACACCUCGGCAGUUACCAUGGUGAUGCCCAUUGUAGAGGCUGUGCUCCAGCAGAUCCUGAAGGCCAAGGAGUUGGGAUGUAAUGGCAACGUCAACCCUGACCUGCAGCUGUAUGAAACUGACAUGAAAAUCGAAUCAAUAAAGAAAAUUGCAAGCGAUGAGAAGAAACCUGACGCUCCAGCAGAAAACUUCACAUGUGUUGAGAUUCAAAAACUGCCCCAGUCUGACUCAGCUCAACCCCAGUCUGACCAGUCUGACUCAGCUCGACCCCAGUCUGACCAGUCUGACCCAGCUCAGGCUGCAGCGUGUGUCCCAGCUGUUGUCAGCAGGAGUCAGCAGGACCUAAUGAUGUGCAAAGCAAUGUGCAUCGGUAUUGCCUACUCAUCCAACAUUGGUGGUAUCACCACACUGCCAGGAACCUCUCCAAACCUCAUCUUCUCUGAGUAUCUCAAUCAGAUUUACCCAGAAUGCAACUGCAUCAACUUUGGGAACUGGCUCCUGAUGUGCCUUCCUAUCAGUGUCAUCAUGCUCCUGCUCACAUGGAUCUGGCUGUACUGGUUGUUCCUCGGCUCAGACUUCACGUUCCUGUGGCAGUGUGAUGGAGUGCAGUCUGGGAAAGAGAAAGCAGCAAGAAAAGUUAUAGAGGAAGAAUAUAAGUCAUUGGGAGCAAUCAGGCCUCAGGAGAUCUUCACUGGCAUGGUUUUCCUGCUGAUGGUGGUGUUGUGGUUAACCAGAUCUCCAGGUUUCAUGCCUGGCUGGGCUUCUCUCUUCCCUCAUCACUCAGGCUACAUCACAGAUGCUACUGUGGCCCUGCUGCUGGGUUUCUUGUUUUUUAUCGUCCCUGCCCAUGGACCUGACAAGAAAUAUGAGGCCAUGAUCUCCUGGGACGAAUUUCAAGCCUUGAUGCCAUGGAAGGUUGCCCUGCUGGUUGGUGGAGGAUUUGCACUUGCCGAAGGAGCAAAGGUUGUGUUUACCUUUUCGAGUGAAAUGCCUCAAAUUCACCACAAUAUAUGCCGAUCAUACGUCAACAGACACAGUUCACUAAUACUCAUCAUAAUCAUAAAUUUAAUCAAUAACUUCAGUCAAAAAAUGUUUAAAUGUUCUGUAGUUUGUUUAGCUGAGCUCAGGAGUGUUCUGAGGAGGGGUUGCAUUAAUGGAAUAUUUUCCUUAUUUGACCAUUGUUUUUUUUUUUAAAUGACGAAAAAGUUUGCCCAUCUGUCAUUUCGACAGUAUACAUUAUAGGCCAAGCAGAGAUUACGUUAAAAACAUAACAUUCAGUCCGUUAUGAUAUAAGGUUUUCAGUCUUGAUAUUUAUUUCGCGGUUAUUAAUCAGCGCUCCCCUGAACACAGUGGUGGUUGAUUAGCCAAUUUAAACUCCUGCUCUGCUAGUCAGUCGGUCUUUGAGUCGCACAGAAUGGCGCAAAACUUAGUUGAAACAAUAAUUACUGAGAUUAUUAAUUUUGUUGGGUUAUUAAUUUGAUCACGUUUUGUUGAUUUUUUUUUCUUAGUAAAGUUACAAAUGUUUUGGACCUUAUGAUCAGAGGACGUGCUGGUCUCAGCCUCCUGGCGGCUUUCAGUUUGUCAACUAGUGCCGAGAUCAACUCAAAACCUUCCACGAUCAACGUAUUGAGCU